AUGAAUGUUACUUCAUCUCUAGGUGUUAGAAGAAGAAAAAGAGCUCAGAAUUUGACGGAAGAAGAAGACGCUACCAAGUUGCAGUUAGGUGAAGAGUUUUCUUUGAAAAGAAUAAAUCAAGAUGGUGAAGAAUCGUCAUUAAUUGCCUUGAAUUUAUCUGAGGCAAGAAUUCUUAUUAGAGAAGCCCUCAAAGAAAGAAAAAGACAAUUAUAUGGCGAAGAUUCAUUUACUAGAGCUAACCCAUCAGAUCCAAAUAAUCCCAACGAUGACGAUAUCCAAAAUGAUGACGAGCUAAUUACAAAUGUCGCCUUAACUCCAAAUGCAAAUGAAAUCUUAAAGAAAACUUUGCAUUAUUUAUCUUAUUUUGCCAGAUUUAGAGAUGAACAAAGUUGUACGGCUGUAGAUAAUCUAUUAAAAAAUGAAAACCAUAGAUUUUUACAUCCUUUUGAAAUCGCUCAACUAGGUUCUUUGAGUUGUGAUACUGCUGAAGAAGCAAAGACUUUGAUUCCAAGUCUCAAUGACAAAGUCAGAGAGGAAGAUUUACAAUCAGUUUUAGAUCAAUUGAAUAGUUAUGAAACUCCAAAUUAG